AUGGAGGACCCCGACACCGGGGAGAAGAUCAUCAGGGUGGAAGCCAACCCCUUUGCAGGACUUGAGAAGUUGAUGAGCGCCCUCGAAGCUACAGUUGGAAAGUCAGCCCUCGACCGCAAAGGAGAGCUCAGAGCGCAAUACUACCAGGAGAUCAAAAGGCAUCCUGGAGAAAGAAUCUCGGCAUUCUGUACGAGAUACAGGACCUUGGCCGCCGAGCUCAAGAGAGAAGGCAUUCAUCUUCACGAAGAAGAGCUUGGAUGGAUGCUCAAAGAGCGCCUGGGAUUAGAUCCCAUCAGAAAGCAGCUCCUGGAGACCGCACUAGCUGGCAAGGAAGCCUACGACCUCGUGGAGACGGAAUGUUUGAGGCUCUUCAGAGAUCUGCACACAGCUGAUCCGCUCCACAAGUCUCGACAACCGGAGAAAGCUCCCUUGCUCCAGCGUUUCUUGCAGUCUCAAACCGGUCCUGCUUCUUCAUAUCGAUCCUCAAGCACCUCAGCGAGCUCUAUGACACCAUCCUCAGUGAGGUCCUUCAGAACUCAAAGCUCCUAUGGUGGUAACAAGCCACCUUUCAGGAAGUUUGGAAACAACCAAGGCCAACCUCCUCAACGCCAAGCAUAUGUGGCAGAGAUGCCAAAUGAAGAAGAGGCCUUGGUGGCUGAAGUUGAUGAAGAAGAAGAAUUGGUUCCCGAUGAUGAUGGCCGAGGACCAACCUCCAUUGAGGAAGUGUUGCAAGCUGAAGCGGAACAACUUGCUUCAGAGCUCCAAGAUCUUGAAGACCAAGGCUGCGAUCCUCAAAUGCUCGAUGAGCUUGAAGCGGGCAUGGAGCAAGCAGCAGAAAGCCUCGUGACGAUGAGAGAGGCAAGAACAAAGAUUCAAGAGGUCAAGAAAGACCGAGGCUAUGGCAAAGCUGGUUCAAUGACGAUGAAGUCAAAGCCUCAUGGAAACCAAGUCCCGAAGCAAAAGGCCAACACCAGAUGCUUCGACUGUGGUGAACCAGGCCAUUGGGCCGGCGAUGCCGGAUGCACCAAACCCGGCAUGGGUCCUGGCAAGCCAAAAGGCAAAGCCAAAGGAAAUCCACCCUCCAUCAAGCAGGUGAGGGUGGCUGAGACCUUGAACACGGAGCAUCUCCCUCCGGAAGAUGAUGCACAUGAAGGCGGAAACGCCAAUGAGGUCAUGAUGGCCACCCAUGACUCGUUGUUUGCACACAGCCUGCAAGAGGCUUUGAAGUCAGAGCACACUCCCACCUUGGCAACCGACAAGCGCUUCGUCGGAGCCCUUGACUCAGCAUGCAACCGAACCUGUGCUGGCAAUGUUUGGCUGUCCUUUUAUUUGCAAGCCUUAGAGAAGGCAUCCAAAGCGGUUCGGCAGCUCAUCCAGACGGUGGAAGAAGACGAGCUGUUUCGCUUUGGCAAUGGGGGCACACAGCGCAGCACCAUUCGGUAUCGACUCCCCAUGAUGGUUGGGUCUUCUAUGGUAUUGGUGUGGGUGAGCAUUGUUCCUGUAGCCUCCCUUGGUUUGCUUUUGGGCCGCGAUUUCCUCAGCGGGAUCGGUGCAGUUUUGAGUUUUGGAAGAAGGAAGCUUCGAGCCGACCUCGUGAACGGCGAGAUGAUCGACCUCGGUCAGCUCACAGCAGGUCAUUUCUGCCUCAGCCUGCAGCCAGCAACAUGGCCAUGUCCGGGCCCUCAACGCUGGAGGAAGAUGGGUCAGGAUGGUGUCAUUGAGCUUCAGCUAAAUAGCAUGGAUUGGUGGUCCAAGCAGCUUCGUUUUCGGUUGAGUCAUUUUGAUGGUUUUCAUGCUGCAGUUGCACCACAUGAGCAUUUGAUGACGGAGCAUGGCAUCAAGGCCGCCAUGACCGCUGGGGCUCAAGCUAUGCAGCCGGACACCAAGCCUCCUAUGCAGGCUCCCGAGAUCCACGACCUGACAGUCGGCGAGUACGGCAGUCAAGUGCUCCGAUGGCGCCGCCUCAUCCUAAGGCUUCGCGCAAAAGCUCAAUGGCACGCCCAUGGGCAGCUCUUGUGGCUAUUUCCACGGCCGUAUCUGCGCUACGCUCCUUUGCCAUACCCCAGCAUCUCCCACACGCAACAAUGGGAACAGCAGUCGGUCUCCAUGUGGAGGCAAAAGCCAAGAGCCUUGCCUCAACAGCAUCAUCAACGGGCGAUCCAUUUCAAGGCCUUCACGACACAGAACCUCCACGAGCUGUCGCAGUUCAGGAAUCGCCUUGGCCUCGAGUUCGCCUUCAUGGAGGACCACCUGUUGCAGGGCAUGAUGGCCGCCAGGAGUGUCAAGGGCAUGAACCAACAGUUGAAAAGAGAGGCCAUCAAGGAGGCCCAAGCAGAGGCGGCAGAGGUGACCAAAAAGGGCGAGCAGUUGGAAGCAGUGCGCUCCCUCAUCGGGCCUCGUGGCGGUCUUCCCUCUCUCAAGGCCGACCUGGUGAAACUGGCCGCACUGUUCAACAUUCCGGUCGAAGCCAAGAUGACCAACGACGAGUUGAAGAAUCUAUGUCGCCCAAUGGUCAACGAGUUGACGGUCAAGAGUCCAUCAAAGCCCAAGCCUUCAACGUCCCUGAGUUCAACGGAUCAGCGCACCUCAGCCAAGGCUCCAAGCCCUACGGGCGCCUACCAGUCACAAGGCACUCCAAUGCCUACCAAGCCUUCCGAGCCCAGUCUGACAGCGGCCGAGGUACAGCAGCUCCUGGCUCAGCAAGAACAACGUUUUCUUCCAGCACAUGAUGACUCCUGGAGCAGUUGGCCUACCGCUGAGCGGUCAGAUCCUGGAUACAGCCAUGAUCCAGAGCGCACCCGAAGAACAACACGGCUGGUCCCAGGCAGAGAUCCAAGAGAUGAACCGGGACUACUACCAGCAAGACGCGGAAUGGCGUCUGGCAAAUGGGAUCCCUCCACGGGAUCAGUGAAGCCAGAACUUGCAUCCAACCCUUGGAGGAUCCACCAGGACGUCAAACCUGGACAAGCUCAGUUGAUAGCCCAAGCUUGGAAACGACAUGAGCGCGAUCGCAAGCUGGUCUCGCUGGGCUACAAGGAAGUGAAUGAGAUCUUUCAAGAGGAAUGGAACCACGACCUUGAAAAGUACCAGCAGGAAGUGUUUGCGACCUCCCUCGUUCUCGAUUUUUCCAACAAGCUGUCUGAGGCCAAUGAAGUGCAGUCGAAUGACGUCAAGACUGUGAAUGACCAGGCCCAGUCUGUGAUGCCCAAGGCCCUUGUCUCCGAGGUGUACACCACUACGGAACGGGUGGCCAAGUCAGCGAGAAAGCGAGGCCACAAAGUCGGAUCUUCGCUAUCCUUGGAGUCCGGAUGGGAUUUCACACGGCUGCUUGAUCGUCGAGCUGCAAGAAAGCUCAUCGCCGAGGAAAUGCCCUACUUCCUGAUCCUGGCCUUCCCUUGCACGUUCUGGAGCAUUUUGCUGAACCUGAACCCACCAAAGGACUAUGAAAAGCGCCUCAAAGAAGCCACCACUUUGUUGAGGUUCGCUGUCCAACUUGCAAAAGAUCAACGAGGCCGUGGCCACCACUUUGUCCUUGAGAACCCUCAAAGUUCUCGAGCAUGGACCCUCAAGGAAAUGGUCAGAGCCUUAGAAGAUCUUCAGGCGCGAACGGUGGACUUCCACCAAUGCAGAUUCAAGCUCACCGAUGUUCAUGGCCAGCCUCAUCGAAAGGCUACUCGCAUAGCCACCUCAAGCGACUAUGUCAUUGCGGAGCUCGACGGCAAGCCGCACUCCACGUUGGCCAUAGAAGGUGAAAACCUCGAAAAUGAAGAAGAAGCCCCUAUGGAUCUGCAGCCUGACUCUGAUGACAGCGGUUCAGAACCUGGAGGAGAAGUUCAGUUUGAAGAGCCUCACAAAAUCUCCCAAGGUGUCAAACAAGCCUUGAGGAGACUUCAUGAGAAUACCGGCCACCGCUCUCCAAAACGACUAGCCCGAGCAUUACAAGUUGCCGGAGCACCUCCACAAAUGGUUCAUGCGGCACGGCAUUUUCACUGUGCUGUAUGCAAUGAACAAAAAGCUCCAAAAGCUCGGCGCCCAGCAUCGCUGCCAUCGCCAAAAGACACAGGCGAUCAAGUCCAUUUGGACAUCUUUGAGCUCUUUGACAUCGAGGAAAGGCGCUUCUACGUCAUCCAUGCCAUUGACGCCACUUCACGGUUUCAAAUGGCUGAGGCCCUCGAGCACAAGAGCAGUGAAAAUGUGGAGCGAUUCAUGGCGCAAAAGUGGCUGCCAAUCCUGGGACCCCCUCGUGUCAUUGUCGCAGACCAGGGCAAGGAGUUCGUGUCCCAUGCAUUUGAGAGUUUCUGCAGCAAACGCUCCAUCUACUUGCACCACACCGCCAUUCAAGCUCCUUGGCAGAAUGGGAUUUGUGAGAGAGGUGGGGCGGUGCUCAAAGCCCUUGCGAGAUCAAUCAUCAAGGCCCACAGUGUCUUGGGAAAAGAGGAAAUGGAAACGGCUCUUCAAGAAGCCGUGAUGAGCUACAAUGCAGAUGUCACCGAUGCAGGCGUCUCUCCAUGUCAAGCGGCAUUUGGCCGCCAACCACGGAUGCACGGCGACUGCCUUGGAGAUUUCGGUCGUCGACUCGCCGAACACUCCCUCAUCUCAUCCUCUCCGAGUCUUGCCAGACAAGUGGCAAUGCGCGAAACAGCGCGCUUGGCAAUGCUGCGCCUUCAUUUUUCCAGAGGGCUGAGAAAAGCUGAAGUGGCGAGAUCAAGAUCAUCUACGGUGACUUCCAUGCAAGGUUUGGAACCAGGCAGCAUAGUCUAUUUUUACAGACAGUCCAAGUACAACAACAAGACAGCAGCCUCCAAGAAGAAGCUGAGCAGAUGGCACGGACCGGCCUUACUCGUUGCCCUCGAGCCCAACAACGGCUAUGUCAGCUAUCGUGGCCAAUUGUCCAAAUGUGCUCUCGAACACCUUCGGCCGGCCAGCACACUCGAACAAGUGGCAAGCUCAGUUUGGGAGGAUGCAAUUCAAGAAGUGGUGGACGCUGCCUGCCAUGACCAAGAGAUGGUGAAGCCUCAACCCAAGAUAGAACCUCCAAAAGCUGCACCUGCUUCUGCACUUGAGGAAUACGAACCCACGGAGCCUCCUGAAGAUCGAGAACGUGAAGCCGAACCAGAAGACAAUCCUCUCGAUCUUCCUCCAGUACACCCUCAAGAGAUGGUGCGAGCCUUGGAGCCAAGGCCUGAAUCAAGUCAGCCUGCUUGGUCAAGAAUGACGUCAUCGCUGCCUGAGUCAACUGUGGCUCAAUCACCCUUCCCUGAAGCAGUUCGUCAAGCCUGGGCACAACGGAUGCCAAGACAGACCUCACUGGACACCGCCACUGGCAGUGUGAAGAGGCCAGCAGAUGCAGCUCCAGCUGAUGUUGAAGGAGCUGCUAAAAGAAUUGCUCAUGAAGAACCUCCUGCUUCAACUCCAACGCCUACCGAGCCAAGGCCCUCGUCUAUGGCCCAUGAUGCUUUGGUUAUGUCUCAUGAAGUCAUGGAAGCAAUGGCCUAUGCUGAAGUGCACCCUCUUCGUCAAAUCCAGGCUCAAGCAAUCCUGGACCAUCACAAUCCGAUGGAAGCCAAAGUUCCAGACCACGGAACAUGGAGAGGAAACUGGCCUAUGCCCUCGAGGACUGAGUUCAAACGUCGCCAAGAACUACGACAACUCUGGCCGCUCGGCAAUGAAGACGCCUCCAGAGAAGUCCUCGCAGUCCUCACCGCUCGCAAAGAGCGACCUUGGACCUCCAUGACUGAAGAUGAGAAGGGUGAGUUCAGAAAAGCCGCAGCGAAAGGAUGGUCAGUCUGGACCGACAAUGAUGCAGUCGAGAUUUUGCCGGACGAAGAGGCCGCAAGAAUCAGAACGCGGUUGAAAGCUGAAGGUCAAAGCCAUCGCAUCCUCGUCCCAAGAUUUGUCUAUGUGGACAAGAACGAUGGCCUGAGGACACAGCAGAAUCAGCUUCCGCUGCUGGCAAAUGCUCGCCUGGUCGUACCUGGCUAUGCAGAUGUUGAGGCCUAUGGCAUCAGGUGUGAUGCUCCGACUGCCAGUCGGACCUCUCAGCAUUUGCUGCUGACCUUUGCGGCGUCAAUGAAAUGGUCUUUGUGGUCAGCCGACAUCAAGUCCGCAUUCAUGAAAGGUGAAGAGUUUGGCCCCAAUGAAAGAGUCCUCUACCUGGCCAACAUCCGAGCCAAAGCAAAGGAUGAACCUCUUUUGCCCUUUGCGCCAAAUGGCCUUUGCCGGGUGAGGAAAGGAGUCUUCGGCCUUGCUGACAGCCCUCGUCGAUGGUACAAAAGGCUGAACAAGGCAGUCACCAAAAGAGGAUGGCGCAUCUCCACACUGGACAAUGCCCUAUGGUUUCAGAAGGAAACCUACCCGUACAGAACUUCUUUUGGAAGAUUUGAAAAUGUGUUGGGCCUUCAUUGGCGAAAGUUGGAGGCAACAGAAGACCUCCGCGAACUGCCCAAUGUUCGCAAGCCUCUCAUGAAAGAGGCGCACACCUUGGUCACCUUUUUUCACCGCGGACCAUCAGUGCAACAAAAAGAAGAGAAUGAACUGAAGAAGCUAGCUUUUUGCACUGAUGGCUUGGUGAGGUGA